GAGGGCAGGCGAAGGCUCCUAUAAUGCUACCUAAGCCCCCUUAAGGUAGAAAAGAGAAUUAGGAAACAGUAGUGAAAAAGUGCCACAAAUCACUCUUCUGGAUAGAUAGACCCAGGGGUGCUGUGAAGGGAACCAGUGCUGGGUGGGGGAAAAAGACGCUAAGCUGAAAAAUCCCAUCCGGUAUAUGUUCUCAGAGUCCUGCUAGGGCAAAGGAGGCUGCUAGCUGCUCCCUUGGACCAGCAGGGCUAUGCAGCAUCCUGAUAAUAUAACUGUUGAGACCCCCUCACUGUGGAUUUUCUGAGGGGUGUUUGUGACUCAGUGUGAAAACCUCCCUCUUCCCUGGCAGGCUCAGUGAAAUCUGUAGGACAUGUAGGCACAGGUCUGGAGCUAGAGACAGUGGUUGAGGGGGUUGCUGAUGAAGGGCUACUGGAUGCUCAGUAGGAAGAACCCCAGGAACGUUAUAUGAGGUUUUAGAGACUGAGGAGCAAAAAAACAGGUGAGAGUGAGUUAGGGUGGUACUCCCUGUGCCUUGUGCCCAGAAACUGGGGUGGAGCAGGUCCAACCAGGGAUGCCCUGCAGUAGGGAGAAGGUGGGUGUCAGGUAUCUGCCAUAGGAGCCCUGGCAUUUGCCCAUGCUGCCAAAGGCUUGUGGGGUCCAGCUUUGCCCACUAACUAGCAGGGAGGAAUGAUGUUAAAAGGCACAUUUUCAUUUAUAAGUCAAGCGAGAACAUUGAGCCUGAUGGCAGAGGCCUAGUGACAUGUUCCAGAGGCCCCACAAAUCUUUGUUUUCCUGUUGGGAGGAAACAUUGCAGAGUAGAAAAGGAAUCUGAGAUCUUUGCUAAGGUUAUAUAGGGGAAUGUCAGGGACAUGGAGCCAUCUGAGAUGGAUCAGGGCCCUUUCAGGCUGGACUAGGGAACAGGGGUCCUGGAACCUCAGCCUGGCCCAUAGCUGACUGCCCAUAUUUGUCUUUUGAUUCAGCAGCCAAGUCUUAGAUGGAGAUGGGGCAGGCCCCAUCUGGGAGUGGCCCCAAGGAGUACUGAAGAUAGCAGAUGCUAGAAAUAACAAGUCGGAUCCCAGGGCUGGAGGAAGAGAGGGAUGUGGGAGUGGGACACUGGAGAGAGAAAGAAGACCAUCAGAUGAAGGGCAGUGACAAGGGGACCUGUGACCUCUGGAUCACAAUAUGCCUCCCAUCAUUAACACACCCUCAAUUCCUGAUAUUCCCCUCACCCCAGAAGGAAAGACAGUUGUUAGGAAUUCGGCUGCAACAUUAGCAACACUAGUCAGUAGGUGAAAUCCAUUUUUUUUUUUCAUUCAACAGUUAUUGAGCACCUAUUAUGCACCAGGUACUAUUUUAGGUGGAGAGAAUGUUAUGGUAAACAAGAUGGGCAAAACAAAGAAAAAAAAAGCAACAAAUAAGUAGAUGAAAUAAUUUCACACUUUAAUAAGUGACAUGAAGGAAUUAUGCAAGUGUUGGAAAUGGCUAGAUAAGGUGGUCAAGAAAGGCUUCAUUGAGAAAGCAUUUAGGCAAGACUCAGCAGUAAAUAUUGUGAAACCCCAGUUACAGUUCUGUUUAUUCUGGGAUGGGUAAAUAAAGCACUUUUCCCUUAAGGUGGAAAUUACCAAGAAAGAGUAAUUACUAGAAAUGCAAUAUGCGAGAGAGAGACACCUCUUUCUGCCCCAUUCAGCCCUUCCCUCCCAGGUGAUUUUUCUAAGUACUUUGCUAGCAGGGCUGGGGCCGGGGGUGGGACUUGGACAUUUGGCGACAGUGAAAUAUAAUUGACCCAUCAAGGGCAAAGCUGAAGGGGUUUGGGAAUGCCCCAGAAAGACCCUUGAUGAAGCUUGGAAAAAGCUGUCCUCUGAGUAUUUCUAAGUGUGUUUGCUAAAUAGAUGUAAGUAUCAGUGACUUUAGCUGUCUUAGAGCAUGGCUCGACACUUAGUACACAAAAAUGGUAGUUUCCUCUGCUUCUCUCCUCCCACAUUGUAGAGGUAAAUCCAACCACAGAAAGGUGAUCCUCAAUUAAUCUACAUCCUUCCUUGACCCGUCCUCAAGGCGAUGAGAGUCACAGGUGGGCUUCAGUGGCAUGGGCUAGUUACCGCUCAAAAGUCAUUGAAGGGGGAUGGGGCCUCUUGCCGGGAAGAGUUAGUCCUGGACUCAGAUUUCUGUCCAGACCCUGACCUUAUUUGCACUGACGUAAUCAUCCAAUAUUGGCAUAGUUCUGAGAGACAGGACUUGGACGAUCAGCAGGCUCGUGGUGGGGGUGGUGCUGCCACCAUCUCUAUAUAGGGAACUGAGCCAGGUGCCCAGAGCUGUCCUGUGGCAUCUCGGCAUGGCUCGGGCAUGGGGAACACCCAUUGCACUGGGGUUGUUGGGCCUGUGGUGGUCUCUGGCUAUUGCCCACCCUCUUCCUCCGGACGGUACCCCUGGGAACAGGCCCAAAGGUGGGAAUGAGACCAGAGUGAAACCAGACGUGACCGAACUCUGCUUGUUUGGCGGGAGCUUUGAUGCUACCACCCUGGAUGGACAUGGGGCCAUGCUGUUCUUCAAAGGGGAGUUUGUGUGGAGGAGUCACACAUGGGUCCGGGAGUUAAUCUCAGAGAGGUGGAAGAAUUUCACCAGCCCCGUGGAUGCCGCAUUCCGCCGUGGUCACAACAGCGUCUUCCUGAUCAAGGGAGACAAAAUCUGGGUGUAUCCUCCUGAGAAGGAGAAAGGCUAUCCGAAGUUGCUCCAAGAAGAGUUUCCUGGAAUCCCAUCACCGGUGGAUGCAGCUGUGGAAUGUCACCGUGGGGAAUGCAAAGCAGAGGGUGUCCUCUUCUUCAAAGGUAACCAAACGUGGUUCUGGGACUUUGCUACGGGAACCAAAAAGGAGCGCUCUUGGCCAGCUGUUGGGGAAUGCUCCUCUGCCCUGCAGUGGCUCAGCCACUAUUACUGCUUCCGGGGUAACCAGUUCCUGCGCUUCCACCCCAUCACGGGAGAGGUGCUUCCCAAGUACCCUCUGGAUGUUCGAGACUACUUCAUACCCUGCCCUGGCAGAGGCCAUGGACACAGGAAUGGGACGGGCCAUGGGAAUGACACCCAUCAUGGCCGUGGGGAUAUGCGCUGUAGCCCGUAUCUAGCCUUGUCUGCACUGCUGACUGACAACCAUGGUGCCACAUAUGCCUUCAGUGGGUCCCACUACUGGCGUCUGGACACUAGCCGGGAUGGGUGGCACAUUUGGCCCAUUGUCCAUCAGUGGCCCCAGGGUCCUUCAACAGUGGAUGCUGCCUUUUCCUGGGACGAUAAAGUCUACCUAAUCCAGGGCACUCAGGUAUAUAUCUUCCUGACAAAGGGAGGCUAUACUCUAGUAGAUGGUUAUCCAAAGAGGCUGGAGAAGGAAUUUGGGAGCCCUCAUGGGAUCAACCUUGAGGCUGUGGAUGCAGCCUUUACUUGUCCUGGGACUUCUCGGCUCCACAUUAUGGCAGGACGGAAGCUGUGGUGGCUGGACCUGAAGUUAGGACCUCAAGCCACGUGGACAGAGCUUCCUUGGCCCCAUGAGAAGGUUGACGGGGCCCUGUGUGUGGAGAAGUCCCUCGGCCCCCAUUCAUGUUCUGCCAAUGGUCCUGGCUUGUACCUCAUCCAUGGCUCCGAUCUGUACUGCUACAGUGAUGCAGAGAAACUGAGCACAGCCAAGACCCUUCCCCAGCCCCAGAAAGUGGGGAGCAUCCUGGGUUGCAAUCAUUGAGAGGAAGUCUCUUGAGAUGAGUCUGGCCCAGCUCCUUCUCCCUGUUUUCCUCACAAUAAAGCCAGAGUGCUUCUUUG